CAGCGGGACAAAAACACCCAUGCUCCUCCUUUCUUUUACUGUGUGCUACUCUGCAGCUCCCUCAGGCUCUUUUGCUAUCUCUCUUUCUUUCCUCUGUCACCCCUCCUUUCUUCUGCCUACCUAUAACACCCAGCACUUGCUCCCACAGAGGCCAGAAGCUCGCAGAGGUGGAACGGUGUCCACGGCGACUCCCUCGUCUCCGUGAGAACAGGUGUGCAGGGCAGGGAUCCCGGGAGCUGCUCGUGAGAACUCAGCCCAACUCCGAUCAGCCUACUUUGUCCAAAGCGCAGGAGAAAUGGGUCGUGAAUAACUGCUGUGGAAUCAGGCAGCGAUCCUCUCCUGUUUUGCUGCGCAUCAGCACUGGCACAGCUGUGAGUUUUGUGUUCUUGUGAUUGUUUUUUUUUUUUUUUUUCCCAUCCCCAGUCUGAAUUUUGAAUUCACGGCUGGGCUCAUUUGAAUGUGAUUCUUUUGGCAUUUGCAUUUGCCCUGAACUGAGACCAAACAGACAGACUCAGGCAAGCCGGCAGGGAAGAGGCGGUGUGUUCUCCAGAGAGUCCCCAGAAACAUGACUGACGUGGACGGUGUUUUAGUACUUUCAGAAGGGGACCUUAAGCAGGUGGACAGUCACAACAUGGCAGACACUUCAGAGCAUGUUUUGAACCACGAUUGGCACUAUGGGAUCCCUCAUGGAGGCUGGCACGGGCACCGACAUGAGACUGCGGCCCAGCGCUACACAGCUACUCGCAUACAAGCCGGCUUUCCACCAAACAGCAUGGCAGAUUACCUAAUAAGUGGAGGAACAGGUUACGUCCCAGAGGACGGGUUGUCUGCUCAGCAGCUUUUCUCAGUUGGAGAUGGACUCACCUACAACAGAUCAGACCAGCAGUCUGUCCAAGACGGACUCACAGCGGAAGAGCUUUGCUCUAAAGGGGACGGUAUGACUUACAAUGACUUCCUGAUUCUGCCCGGCUUCAUUGACUUUACCUCAGACGAAGUGGACUUGACAUCAGCCCUGACGAAAAAGAUUACUCUGAAGACGCCUCUCAUAUCCUCCCCCAUGGACACCGUUACAGAGUCGUCGAUGGCCAUCGCCAUGGCACUCAUGGGUGGGAUCGGCAUCAUUCACCAUAACUGCACCCCGGAGUUUCAGGCUAAUGAGGUUCGCAAAGUGAAGCGGUUUGAGCAAGGCUUCAUCACAGAUCCAGUGGUAAUGAGCCCACGCCACACGGUAGGAGACGUCUUUGAGGCAAAGGUGCGACAUGGCUUCUCUGGAAUCCCCAUCACUGAGACCGGCAAGAUGGGCAGCAAGCUUGUGGGCAUAGUCACUUCCCGAGACAUCGACUUUCUGUCCGAGAAGGACCAUAGCAGGCCUCUGGAGGAGGCUAUGACUAAAAGAGAAGAGUUGGUGGUUGCUCCUGCUGGCGUCACACUCAAAGAGGCCAAUGAUAUUCUGCAACGCAGCAAGAAAGGUAAGCUACCCAUAGUAAAUGAUAAUGAUGAGCUGGUGGCUAUAAUCGCCCGCACUGACCUGAAGAAGAACAGGGACUACCCCUUGGCCUCCAAAGACUGUCGGAAGCAGCUGCUGUGCGGCGCAGCCAUCGGUACCCGUGACGACGACAAGUACCGGCUGGACCUGCUCACGCAGGCUGGUGUAGAUAUGGUGGUUUUGGAUUCAUCACAAGGCAACUCUGUAUAUCAGAUCAACAUGAUUCACUACAUCAGACAGAAAUAUCCUGAUCUUCAGGUGGUGGGUGGGAAUGUGGUGACAGCAGCACAGGCGAAGAAUCUGAUCGAUGCAGGAGUGGACGCCCUGAGAGUGGGAAUGGGCUGCGGCUCUAUCUGCAUUACUCAGGAAGUCAUGGCAUGUGGGAGGCCUCAGGGCACUUCAGUGUAUAAGGUGGCAGAGUACGCUCGGCGGUUUGGAGUGCCAGUCAUCGCAGAUGGGGGCAUACAGACUGUUGGCCACAUUGUGAAAGCUUUAUCACUGGGAGCAUCCACAGUUAUGAUGGGGUCAUUGCUGGCCGCAACCACAGAGGCUCCUGGUGAGUACUUCUUCUCUGAUGGAGUGAGGCUGAAGAAGUACAGAGGGAUGGGCUCUCUUGACGCCAUGGAGAAAAGCACCAGCAGCCAGAAACGCUACUUCAGUGAGGGGGAUAAAGUGAAGGUGGCUCAGGGAGUAUCGGGCUCAGUGCAGGACAAAGGCUCCAUCCAUAAAUUUGCGCCCUAUCUCAUUGCUGGAAUCCAACAUGGUUGUCAGGACAUUGGAGCCAAGAGCCUGUCCAUGCUACGCUCUAUGAUGUACUCUGGAGAGUUGAAGUUUGAGAAGAGGACCAUGUCUGCGCAGGUGGAGGGAGGAGUGCACGGUCUUCACUCUUAUGAGAAACGGCUUUACUGAAGUAGACAUACAGUGGUGGACAAGCGGAGGCCGGAUGUUCUGAUCCUGGCAGUGACCAAACAAUUCUGACCUAACUGACAUCCCCAAACUAACGCCCUAUUUACCAGCCCAAGUCUGCCUUGCUGUCCUUCACAGUCACUGUCCCUCAGAUAGAGGGAGAGGAGGAGGAAGAAGGGGGGAGAGAGGUAGCAUUAACAUAACUGGUUCCAAUGAAAUUUGAAAAGUAUAUAAAUAAACACAAAAUCAAACACAACUCUCUGCACUCAUGGAGUAUCAAGGUUUACCAAAAACAUCUGAUACAGCAUGUCCUCAGCCUGCGUGUGUGUAUGCUGUGGGGUAAGAGGAGUGUAGAAGUACUAGAGAGUAAAGACUCCUGUGAUCCUCAGCUGUGAUCUUGUGCUGUACCACACUGCGGACCCUGCUUCCGUCAGCAAGUUUGCGACUAAAGCUUCAAAGCCAGCGUCCUCAACCAUACUCCCUCUGCGAGAGCCUCGAAAAAAACAGUGCGCUAGAACUAUCGAGCCAAUCUUUUGUGUAGUUUGCUUGGUUACUUUUUUUUUUUUUUUUUUUUUUUUUUUUUUUAAGAAUUGGUGAACAAGAGGUAUGUUACUUCGAGUCCAUUAUUUUGUGAACGAGUGCCCGUUGUUGUGCCCGUUGUUGUGCCCAUUUUUAGUGUGUUACACUAUUCUACUGUAAUCUGUUUGUCUACCAGUCAGUAUUCCAAAGCCAGGAUAAUAUAAAUGAUGGAUGUCGUUUAGAGUAUCUGUCCCAACUUUAACCGUGAUUCAUGACUUAUUGCUGUUGAAGUCCCUUAACGAUUCACUUGACCAUAAUUUGGACCAAAAGGUGGAACUGGUAUGGAGCAUUGAGGUUAGUUACUAAAUACUGGUCAUUCUUGACUGGAAUUCAAACCAAUAAAAUGAUCAGUUUUGUACUGAAUGCAAGUGUGACUCUGGGUGCUAAGCUUGCAUGAAGGGUUUUGAUAUGCAUGCUGUUUUUUUAAGCCAUAAUGUGGCUAUAUUUAUACUUCUCUUUUUACAGUUUAUGUACUGCCAAGUGCAUUUGCCUCAUUUUGUUUGGGUUUUUUUAUAUAUUUUCUUUUUCUUCCCCCCCACCGUGAUCUCUAAUCUGUUACUAAAACCAAAAUAAACUUUGUCUGGGGCCCUGAUUGCCCAACAGUGCUGGAAACAUUUGUUCCGGCUGUGUCUGAUUAUCACCCACAGCUUUGCCUAUUGGUAAAACCAGUGAUAUGCCUUGAAGCAGGGAAGUGACGAACUCGACCCAAAAAGCUCCAUUUGUUAGAUUAGCUCGCUCUGUCUGUACAGCUUCACGUUUCUUAGAGUAUUAAAAUACAAAAUUCGGAUAAUGUUUGACAAGUGUAAUGUGUACCUUAACGUGUACUUCAGUUUAUCUGGCUUCUGGUCUUUUGUAGGCUAUUCUUGAAUAUGUCUAGCUCAAUGCAUACUAUACUGUAAAUCACUAUCUGACAUGAACACAAACUUGUUGUGAGGACAACUUGCACCAAGGCGUGCAAAGACGAACGCUGCAUCCCUUCGUUACCUGGAUGUUGCUUGUUUAGUGUCUUUGACCACUGUUGGAGCCCUAACACCUGAAGUCAGCUUUGUUUACUGCAGUAUACAUGUACUGAAGUUGCUUAUGACAUUGUUGAAAUAAAUUGAAACAAUCAAUAAUAAA